AUGGGUGAGCGAACCUACCACGGAGCCCAAGCGUGCUCUGGCACCAAUCCCAGAAAGUGCCAGGACCUAGGAGACUCAAUUCUUCUGAUCCUGGGCAGCUUCAUCUUGCUCAACGUGGGGAUCAAUGUGGUGACUCUGCUCUGGAAACACCUGAAGAACUCCUUGCGGACUCUUUUCCAUCAUUUUUUCCCCAGAGACAAGCAAUCCAGCUAUGCAGGCAGCCAUCCCAUGUGCAUGCGUUGCUCCGUGGAUCCCAAGAACCUGUGCUCAAGAGUCCCACCCCGCUUCCACCGCCGCCCAAGCUUCGUGCUCGGGCACCCUAACCACCUGGACUCCUGGAUACCAGACACGAACGAUGAGAAGGCUUCUAAGUGCUGCUGGAUGCCGCCUCAGUGUGGACAUGCCGGGGCUCCCAUGGAGGUGCCAUGGGGACUGUGGAAGGAGGGGCUCAUGGGAGCUGGGGAGGACCCACAGAUCACAGCCUUAAAGGCCCAAGCCACCUUCUACUCUAAGCAGGAGACAUCUUCCAAGUUCCGUAGGAUGAGCAAGGUGGACAUGGUUCCACUGCGCCUGCCCCAAGAGAACAAGACUAAGACCACAGACCACAACCCAGCCCAGGCCCAGACCCACUCCCCGGUCCAGUCCCCUGGUCAUGCUCCUGCCAAGGCCCAGACCUUCUCCCCAGCCCACCCCCCUGAGACCACCCCAGCCCAGACCCAGACCCACGCCCCCAUUUACCCCCCUGAACAUGCCCCACCUCAGGCUCAGACCAACUCCCUAGCCCUCGGCGCUGAGCACAACUCUGCCCAGGUCUGUGGUCUGGAGCACACCUCAGCCUAUACCCUGGACCAGGCCCCCUCACAGGGCCCAGCCCAGUGCGAGGGCCACACCCUUACCCACACUCUGACCCAUGCUCAUCUAACUUAUACCCAUGCCCAAACUCUGAUCCCUCCCCCAGCUUCUGCCCCAGUCCCUCCCCCAGCUUCUGCCCCAGUCCCUCCCCCAGCUUCUGUUCCAGUCCCUCCCCCAACUUCUGCCCCAGUCCCUCCCCCAACUUCUGCCCUUGCCCCUCCCCCAACUUCUGCUCCAGUCCCUCCCCCAGCUUCUGCCCCUGCUGCUACUUCUGCUCCAGCCCCUACACCAGCCCCUGUCCCCAUGUCUGCUACAACCCCUGUCCCUGCACUGGUCAUGGCCCUGCCGACCACUCCAGUCCGUUCCACACCUCCUUCCUCCGUCCUAACUUCUAUUCCCUCUACUUUGUCUGCCUUCAGCCAAGGCCUCUCCACUGGCCAUGUGGUCUAUGAUGCCCGCAGGGUAAAGCAGAACUUAUUCCAUGUAUGUGCCCCUCAGAACUCUGGGUAUUCCAGAAAGGACUUAGAUACACUCUCCAGGCUCCAAGAGGGGCAUGGCCUGGUGAGCUCUGGUACAGCUGAGCAAACAGUGAAGCAAUGUAGUGAGGACAGUGCCAAGCCCUUCACAGGAUCCAUAUUGGGUUACCUGGAGUUGGGGAACAUGGAAUGGAAGCUUUCAAAUGAUGCCAAGGAUGAAUCUGUGCAGCCCAAGACCUUCCCUUACUGCAGUUUCCACCCUUACAGUUCUGAGAAGCAAAACACGGACUCCCAGACUCCGGUCUACCCCAAAUUCCUGGUGUACUCCAAAGAUGCUGCACCUUAUCAACCUUGCUUCCAUAUUCCAACCUGUGCCCAGAACUCAAUGGGUACUGUGCCUCCACCCUGCACUCUUUCUCUACCUCUCAUUUCUCCCAGAUCCUUUGUUCUUCAUCAACACAGCAACCACCAGAAGCCCUCCACCUUAGUACAGACCCCCAAAUUUCCCCCAACCUCCAAGUCUCCUCAGUCUGUCCUCUCUUCCCAGGGUCCCAUCCCUCCUCAGUUCUCCACUACUUCUCAAACCCCAAACCAGCCCAAGCCCCCUGAACUUCAUGAGAAUCUAGGCCUCAACCAAGACCAUGGUCUCCAGAGGACCCCAGGCCCUUCAAAAGACACUCAAGUUUCCAGAAAGCCAGAGCUUACCCCAAAUCCAAAGCUCCACAUGAACCCAGGCUUUACUCAAGACCCAGGCUUCCACAAGAGCCCAGGCCUUGCUCAAAACCCAGGCCUCCACAAGAGCCCAGGCUUUACCCAAGACCCUUAUCUCUGCAAGAAUCCAAGCCUUUCCCAAGACUCUGACUUUCACAAAGAUUCAGUCAUUACACAAGAUUCUUGCUCCCAGAGUUUAAGUUCUACUCAAGAGGGAAGUUUCUUUAGAAGCCCAUAUCUCACCCAACCUUCUGGUAUCCACAAGAACACACCAUUUCUUCAAACUUCUGACAUUCAGAGAAGCUCAGGCUUUAGGCAUGACUCUGGAGUCUGUAGAAAUCUAGAACAAAACCAAGGGACUGUACUCUAUAGAGGUCAAGAGCUCUCCCAAAAAACCGGCCUCCAUAGUAUCCCACACCCUUCUCAAGAUUCUGGAUGUUACAAGAGUACAGGUAAUGCCCAAGAUCCAGGAGUCUCUAGGAGUCUAGGCUUUACCCAAGAUUCUGAACCACAGAAGAGUCCAUGCUUUGUCCAAGACUCUGGAAUCAACAAGAACUCAGGCCUUACCCAGGAAUCUGGUCCCCAUAAGAACCCAGGCUUUGUGCAAACCCCUGGUCUCUUUAAGGACUCAGGAGACUACAACAAUCCAGGCCUUACUCAAGAUUCUGGAGUUUACAGGAGCCAAGAUCUUACUCAAGAUUCUGACCUCCAUAAGAAUCUGGGCCUUACCCAAGUCACCGAAGUCAAAAGAUGUGAUGUUCCCCAAGAUGCUAGACUUUACAGGAGCCCAGAACAUUGCCACAACCCUAACCUCCACAAGUACCCAGGAGUUACUCAACAUCCUGGCCCCCAGAAGACUCAGGACUUUGUCAAGGGAUCAGGCUUUGUCCCCAAUCCUGUCCUCCACAAGAACCCUCUGGGAACUGACUGUGUCCAAGUUUUGGGCCCACUUCAGACCCCAAAGUCAUUUAUAUCUGAGAAGAUUCCUCGAAGGCAUGAGGCCGGGCAGCAUAUUCCAGGGGCUUCUGUCCCACCUAGCCAGACCUCCUCCCCCGCCAAGGCCCAGGUGGUCUACAAUGACCAACAAACCUUCUCAGAGGUUCCUGUGCUGAUAGAGCUGCAACCACCCUCCCGGCGAGCAGGCAGCCAAGACUGGGUGUACCGCCCCAUGGACACAGCUCCUGCAGCCUCCCAGAACUAUCGCCAGAUGUCUAUGCCUCCCCAAACCAACUGGAAGCCCCACUGCCCAGGGUCAGGCACCCGGGUAGGGCACGUGGUCUUUGAUGCCCGCCAGAGACAUUUGGGAGCAGGCAGGGACAAGUGUGAAGCGUUGUCUCCCAGGCGCCUUCACCGAGAGAUAUCCAACAACUCACCAGAGAUGGCCAAGGCGUGGGGAUAUCAGUGUGUGAUGAGAAACUUAGAAAAAGAGGGGACCAAUGUGCAUGAAGAAUAA